AUGGCGACCCCGAACGAGCGUAUUGUGCAAAGUGAGCUGGACGAACCGUCCCCAAGCCCUUCAAGCGAUUCCGCAUCGGCGUUCGCCCAAAGCUACCGCAACAACAAUCAGUGGGCACACCUCAUGCUCCCAGCAAUACGAUCGUACUGUGCGUCCGCACAAAUCCCUCAUCUGGGAAACCGCGACGAACUCGUCGCAGCGCUCCAAGCGCGAGGCGUACAGCCCAUCAACGUGCUCCAGAACACGACACCGGGCCCCUCAGCCAGCCCUUCCGCCGCUGAACUCACGGCUAACAUAACCGAAACGCUGCUCCGACGCCGGGCAGACUUUCCGAAACAAGCCCAAGGAGAAGACUUCGAAGUCUACCUCCGACGACUGGAGAUCGCUUUCAGUCACGACGGAACGUCGAACAACACCAAGAUCGACUGCCUGAUCGGGCACACGACACCCACAGUCGCGGCGGCCGCCCAACGACUGUACGACGAAGGCUAUCACAAUUACGACGACAUCGCCGAGCGGCUCAAAAUACAAUUCGGGCUCUCGCCCUUCGAACAUUUCACGCGAUUCCUUGCCCUACGCCCACUCGAAGACGAAUCAUGGGCACAGUUCGGGAAUCGCCUACGAUGCGAAUACAUUCGCUAUCUACCGCUCAGCGCAACCGACCUACCCGGGCAAGAGAAAUCUAUCACAGCUGCCCUCAUCGGGCAACUCCUAGCGAUCACCACCGGAGGGCUCCACGCCCACCUCUACUCCAAGGCGACCGCCGAUCGUACCCUAACAUGGGUCAACUGCCUGGCAUACGCGGACGAAUACCGCCGCAUGCACCCAAAUACGCCACGAGCAUCACCCGCUCCACAGAGCCAACAACAAACCAACCGCCGACCAAAAACUACGGCGUCCGGCGUACAAAAACAUUACUGUGAUCAUCACCAAUGGUCACACGGCGGCAAACUGCCCGAACCAGGGAAACGCCAAGAUCGGGCAGUGACGGCUGUCCUCUGCUCGAUCCCCCAAGCUACAGACGACAGCCUCACGAUCAUCAUCGGUAUCAAGAACAAACGCGUUACAGCGCUGAUCAACACUGGAGCCACCAGGUCAUUCAUGGCGACCGACGUCGCAGCAGAAGUAGGGCUGACACCCCACCUGACGAAAGCGAAGAUCUCCGCAGCCGUCUUACACAUCUCCGCCGACAUCAGCCACUCGGUAAGUACCACAUUCUCUCUUGGUUCAGCCGACUACUCCGCGACAUUCUUUCUCCUCGCAAACGCGAGAUACCCCAUAAUUCUUGGCCUCGACACACUGAAAAACCUCCCGUUUUGUGUAACGCUCGACGGCCAACGAAUCUUUUCCGGAUUCCAAACUAUAAAACCCAUAAACGAGGUACCACAAGCCGAACCCGGCGAAGGAAUUACGUUCGUAAACGGCUCUCCUGCAGAACAGAACGCGAUCGCGAAACUACUGACCACAUACAAGGACAACAUCUUUCAGUGGUCAGGGAAACACGGCCUGUUCCCCCAACACAUCGCAUCCAUCCCAACAAACGGCCAAGACCCCGAGCCACCGAGACGCAUACGCCUGUCGCCCGACAAGAUACCAGCGAUGACAGAAAUCCUCGCCAACUAUACCAAAGCUGGCAUCAUCGAACCAGCACAGUCCACGGUCAACUCAAUGGCAUUCCUCACGCCGAAAGACGACAACCCAAAUGCACCGGCAAUCUGA